UCACAGCAAACGGAGUGCAGCAAGAGAAUGGAUUCAGCACUACGACCAGCGCCGGCAGGAUGAACGGGCUUACAAUCGGACAGAACACCAUUCCCAUGAAGGACCACGACGCCAUCAAGCUCUUCAUUGGCCAGAUCCCCAGAAACCUGGAGGAGAAAGACCUGAAACCGCUGUUUGAGGAAUUCGGGAAGAUAUACGAACUCACCGUACUGAAAGACAGAUUUACAGGAAUGCAUAAAGGAUGUGCCUUUCUAACCUACUGCGCCCGAGAGUCUGCGUUGAAGGCCCAGAGUGCACUGCAUGAACAGAAGACGCUGCCAGGGAUGAACCGACCAAUACAGGUGAAGCCAGCCGACAGCGAAGGACGAGGAGAAGACAGGAAGCUGUUUGUGGGGAUGCUGGGGAAGCAGCAGAGUGAGGAGGACGUGCGGCGGCUCUUCGAGACCUUCGGCCAGAUCGAGGAGUGCACUGUCCUCCGGGGGCCCGACGGGGCCAGUAAGGGCUGUGCUUUUGUGAAGUUCUCCAGCCAUGCCGAGGCCCAGGCAGCUAUCAACAGUCUACAUGGUGGACAGACUAUGCCAGGGGCGUCCUCUAGCCUGGUGGUCAAGUUCGCUGACACGGAUAAGGAGCGGACCCUGCGCCGGAUGCACCAGAUGGCGGGCCAGCUCGGGAUCUUCAGCCCCAUGACCAUCCAGUUUGGAGCCUACGGUGCUUACACUCACGCUAUGAUCCAGCAGCAGGCGGCCCUCAUGGCUGCGUCCCAGGGUUCCUACCUGAGCCCCAUGGCGGCCAUCGCCGCUGCGCAGAUGCAGCAAAUGGCAGCUUUUAAUGUCAACGGCCUGGUGGCAACGCCCAUGACUCCCUCCUCAGGCACCAGCACCCCCCCGGGCAUCGGUGGCACUGCCGUGCCCAGCCUCGCCGCGCCCAUCGGGGUGAACGGCUUCAGUGCCCUCCCGCCCCAGAGCAACGGUCAGCCUACGUCCGAGCCCAUCUACACCAACGGCAUCCACCCCUACCCAGCACAGAGUCCUACAGUGACAGACCCGCUCCAGCAGGCUUACGCCGGUGUACAGCACUACGCAGCCUAUCCAACCGCCUAUGCGCCGAUCAGCCAAGCGUUUCCCCAGCAGCCAGCCAUCAUUCCCCAGCAACAGAGAGAAGGACCUGAAGGCUGCAACCUGUUCAUCUACCACCUGCCCCAGGAGUUUGGCGACGCUGAGCUCAUGCAGAUGUUCCUGCCCUUCGGGAACGUCAUCUCCGCCAAGGUCUUCGUCGACCGGGCGACCAAUCAGAGCAAGUGUUUUGGCUUCGUCAGCUUUGAUAACCCAUCCAGUGCUCAGGCUGCCAUCCAGGCCAUGAAUGGCUUCCAGAUUGGCAUGAAGAGGCUGAAAGUGCAACUCAAGCGGCCAAAGGAUGCCAACCGACCUUACUGACCCUCACGCCACAUCCACUUACUAGGAUGAAGGGCC